CAGCGCUCUCUGCACUACAAUGACACUUCACUGGCGUAUGCACUAAGGAUUUCCGUCUCUGCAGUGAUUUGUCGCGCCCUGAGGGGACCGUUAUAUUUACCAAAAAAAGUUUUAUACCAAAGUUUCAGUCACAUUUAUUUUCCAAGAUGCCACGUUCGUUUCUUGUCAAGAAACAUAUUAACUCCUCUAAGAAGCCAAAUUAUAGCGAGCUGGAAAGCCCUACAGUAUUUAUUUCACCGUAUCUUUACAAAGGCCUCCCAUUGCCUGUCAUUCCUCAACCGGAGAUCCUUAGCUCGGUCGCAUACAACCCUAUUACAGUAUGGACUACAAGCAGUUUUCCGUUAUCUCCGCUUCCAAGUGACCUCUCUCCCAUUUCUGGAUACCCCUCGUCGCUCUCUGACACCUCAUCCAAAGACCACAGCGGCUCCGAGAGCCCCAGGAGCGAUGAAGACGACCGGAUGCUUACCAAACUUACAGAUCCUCAUGGAGUGGAGGCAGAGAAAUUCCAAUGUAGUUUGUGUAACAAAUCCUAUUCCACGUAUUCUGGACUGCUUAAGCAUAAGCAACUGCACUGCGACGCUCAGACGAGGAAAUCUUUCAGUUGUAAAUAUUGCGAAAAGGAGUACGUCAGUCUUGGAGCGUUAAAAAUGCACAUUAGAACUCACACUUUGCCUUGUGUCUGUAAAAUAUGUGGCAAAGCUUUCUCAAGACCGUGGUUGCUUCAGGGACACAUCAGAACGCACACUGGAGAAAAGCCCUUCUCCUGCCCCCAUUGCAGUAGGGCUUUUGCGGACAGGUCCAACCUCAGGGCUCACCUACAAACCCAUUCGGAUGUGAAAAAAUACCAAUGCAAGAACUGUUCCAAAACCUUCUCCAGAAUGUCUCUUCUGCACAAGCAUGAGGAAUCUGGUUGUUGUGUAGUACAUUGAGACUGCUGGGCUGGGAGACAGUGCCACCACCAGAGACCUCUGGUACUUUCCAGUCCUCAAGAACUGUUCAGGGGAUAUUGCAUAAUGAGGCUUUGUAACCAAAUAUGCAAGACACUCUUUUACUGACUGACCAACAAUCCAUUUCAUUUCAGUGUAAAAACAAAUGCUCUGUCUGUCAUGUGCUUUUCAUUUUAAGCAGUAUCUUUCUGCCAUUGCAACCAGUGUUGAACUUUAUGUUUGUUAUACCAUGUACCUUACAGUCAUUGCUUUUCAUGUACUUUUGAGAAGUGGAGAGAUUUUAAAUAAUGUGCCUUCUCAAACAUUUUGAUGUUCUGACCAAUCUCUCUCAGAGGAUAUAUUUCCGGUUAUGUCAUAAUAUUUUUAUUUUUUCUAAGAAACCACAUAGGUAUUCCACAUGGUGUAUGGUAACAAACGAUAGAGACGGACUGUGCACAGUCAAUGGAAUAUUUAAAGCCAUCAUAACUUAAGGAACAAGUGGAAAGACAAUUUUUAUGGUGACAGUAUUACAACUCAAUCACACAGUAACUGUUUUGCCAGCAGAUAACAAUACUUUUACCAAGUGCCUCACUUUGACUUGGCAAUUAACUAUUUUUCUAAAACAAUUGUUUUCAUUUAUAUUUUUAUAUAUUUGAAUGUAAGUGUGACUGAGAUGAUUGUAUUUUUGACAGUGUGAAUUGUGAUACUGAAUAAAUGAUUUUAAUAUUUUUGAGAUGCUUUUAAAAUAAAGAUUCAUAAAAUGUUUGUAAAA